AUGAUUUAUUGUUCAAGUUAUUUUCCAAAUAUUGUUGACGGAAGUUUCUUGUUUCAUUAAAUUGUAUCUUUUCGCGUAACUCUAUCAGUAAUUCAUUCUAGUUGCUCUGCUAGGCUCCUAGCCCUCUCCUCCAAUUAGGGAUGACAUGCUAAGGCCCGUUUUCGGGUAUCCGUCCGAAGCCUGCCCGCCAUGGGCCUAUUUUUCCCUGACGUUGAGGCCCGUUAACGGAUGGCGGGUAACCCGUAGUCCGUCAAAUGCGGAUCGCGGACGGGGCUAGAUCCAUACAUAUCCGCCCCGAGGCCCACCCGACGGAUUAUCCGUGCACAAAACGACGUCGUUUUGGCAUGUAUAUAUAAACGACGUCUAACACAGCGACCGCCGCUUGAUGACUCUAAACCCUCAUUCGCCCAAUUUCUGAAACCCUAAUCGGCUAAUCCUCUCUCUCAUUCUCUCUCUAAUGAAUGACGAUCAUCAGACAGGAAAUUAGCUCGAUCAACGCGCGAUUCCGCCAAUUUUUCACCAUUUUCCAAUCAAAGCCUCACCUAGAAUAUCGAAUCGAUAAUCUCUCGUCUUCAAUUCCUCCAAUUCCACGAAUCGAUAAUCAUUCGUUGGUGAUUUUGUGGAUCAAAACACCCAAAGGAGGCGCUUGGAGUUCUAUCGUCUAUCGAUCAUAGAUAAGGAACACCAUGAUUUCCUUAUCCUUGCUUUCAUUUCCCCCCCCCCCCCUCCCCCUUUUCUUUCUAAAUUAGAAGUCGAACUGACUCUACAUUCUUCCCGUUUUCUACUUCUAUAUAUAGCAAACUUCUGAGCAAGUCUUUCUAUCUCAUCGUCUGGCCAUCUCCUCUCGUUCUGGGUAGCGAGUUCUGAAUGAAUUUUCCAGCGAUAGAGAGGCAGAGACCAGGUUUCAGACUCUAGGGUAAGGGUUUCAACUCUACUUAUUCGGUGUUGUGUUUUGGAUUAGCGGUUUAAUACAUACAUGCAUGGCAGAUUUUUAACUAUUAUUUUGUUUUUUGUUCAUGUGUCUAUACAGAUGGCAGGUGAACAAAAUGUGGAACCUGUUGCUGAAAAUGUUGGUGGAAUUGUCCAACCUGAACAAGCUGCUGCUGAUGCAAAUAAUCGUGCUAAUGGUAAUGAGGAAGAACUGACAGAGCAACCUUGGUUAACGUCUGAUGUGUGGCCGCACUUCACUAGAGUGAGGAUUACUGGGGUAAUGAAGGAAAAGUGUAUGUACUGCCGAAAAGCACUUGGUGGCGAAAAAAGCAAUGGAACUCCGCAUUUGAGGAACCAACUCAAAUCAUGUAUCCAGAAAAUGAUACAUGAUAGUUCUCAGAAAAUUCUUGGCCCCAACUAUCGAUCUACUGGUAAUGUCCAACUCUCUGCUUCUCAGUACAAUUCUGAUGUGUGUAGGAAGGAACUCUGUUCCAUGAAUACCCGCUUAGUAUGGUUGAUCACAUAGGGUCCAAACGGUUAUGUUGUUCACUGCAACUUCAGUUCACUGUUCCUUGUAGAAACACUGUGAAAAAGGACAUAAUGUCUUUGUAUGGGGUUCAAAGGGGAAAAUAUCAAAGCAUUCUUGAUGGUAACUUGGGUGGGAUUUCUGUGACAACUGAUUUCUGGACUGCCUCAAAUCAGAAAAGGGGGUAUAUGGCAGUAACAUGCCGCUUUAUUGAUAACUCUUGGAAGCUUCGUAACAUGAUGAUGAGGUUUAUGUAUGUUCCAACCCCUCACACAAGUGAAAAACUUGCUGAUAGAUUGUUUGAUUCUCUCUUGGAUUGGAACAUUGAUGGUAAGUUGUCCUCAAUCACAUUGGACAACUGCACCACUAAUGAUUUAAUGAUAUUUCAUCUGAAAAAUAAGCUUGUGACUAGUGACAUGUUGUUGGAUGGUAAAUUGGUUUAUAUGAGGUGUUCAACUCAUAUUCUGAACUUGAUUGCGAGGGAUGGUUUGGAUGCAAUUAAGGAUUAUAUACAUU